AACACAGAUUUUACAUAUAAAUAGAAUAUACGCAUAUUGUAUCAGGGUUUUGAUCGUAAAGCAUUCUCAUCUACGUAUUUUCUCUCUCUACCUCCCACCGCCUCUCCAUCUCUCUCUAGAAUUCUCACCAUGCCUCGCAGAAGCUCCGGCGGAAGGUCAGCUAGGGCACCUGCUCGUGCUCCAGCACGCAACCCUCCGGCCCCAGCAAGCCGUGCACCCCCUCCUGCUCCUGUUCAGCAGAGCAGCGGUGGUGGGUCGAUGCUUGGAGGCAUUGGUUCAACUAUAGCCCAAGGCAUGGCUUUUGGUACUGGAAGUGCUGUUGCUCAUAGGGCAGUGGAUGCUGUGAUGGGUCCUCGUACAAUUCAACAUGAAGCUGUUGUUGCUGCUGCUACUGAUAUGCCUACAAACAACACUGUAUCUGAUGCUUGUGGUAUGCACACCAAGGCUUUCCAAGAUUGUAUUAACAGCUCUGGGAGUGAUAUUGGGAAGUGCCAGUUUUACAUGGAUAUGUUGGCUGAAUGCAGAAGAAACACAGCUCUGAAUGCUUGAGUGUAUGCAAUUUCACACAACACAUUACAUUGAGAUGAAAUGAAACUUUAUUUUUUGGGUAUUGUUGGAUUGGUUAUAUGAACUUUGGUGGCUAAUAAAUGAUCUUGAUGUUCUCUUCA